AAACAGCAUAAAAAGGCAGAUUUGGUAGAAAAUUCGGUUUAUUGUUUCUGAGUACUGGAAGACAUUAAUUCUGGUUUUUGGAUCUACGAAUAAUUUAUUUUGAAUCCGCGAAACGAACCUACCCCUGUCUUCCACGUACUAAUCUACUAACUCCCAGAACGUUUGCACUGGACAUACAGUAGUUCAGUCACUCGCUGACCUAGUCUUGUUACUGGAGGGUUAAGACAAUUCGGUUACUCCCUAACCUAGAGGGUCAGUUCGGUCGCUCGUUCACCAAAGUCUUGUUAACCGCGGUUCGGUGUUAACCGGGCCUUGUUAACCGCCCUUUGCACCGGACAGUAGUGACAGCUCGUUUACUCGUUCCCUAACGGGCUUUGCACACUGGACAGUAGUGACCGCUCGGUCACCCGUUCACCUAGCGAUCUCUUUGCACCGGACAGUAGUGGUGGCUCGGUCACCGGUUUUCUAACGCGCUCUGUGCACUUGACAAUAGUGACAGCUCAGUUAAUCGCUCGCCUAACGAGUUCUUUGCACGGGACAGUAGUCACCGCUCGGCCACCCGCACACCUACCGAACUAUUGUGGUAGUUUGGUCACUUACUGGCCUAGCGGGCUGUGUCAACUACACUAUAGUGGUAUUUCGGUCACCCGCUGAACUAACGGGUGUGUGCACCGAACAGUGGCGGUAGUUCGAUCCCUGAUUGAACAGACAAUCAUGGUCGUGACUAGUGACAGCGUAGCGAUAGCUGCUCGGCCGGCACUAGUGCAGAAAUCGUACUUGAUGACAACGUUACAUACGUAGUUGUUCUUGCCGUAAUAAUGGUCUGCUAAUUAAAUUCAUUUGAUAAUUUAAUCAGUAGAGCGGACUUUCAUUUUUUGACUAUAAUUUAGUUGGUUUACGUGGCAACAUUGCGUGGCUAAAAAUACCACGAUGAUAAUUAUUAUUAUAAUAAUUUCGUUGCAUUGCGUGAAGGUAGUCAACUCUUCCGCUUUGGCGUUCGAAGCGGGAGAGGUUCAGAAAGAAAUGAAUACUAUCUGGCCGGGUUUUCGACUACGGGCUUUCAGAAUAUAAUAUUGGUUUGGGUCAGUCUUUUCUGGUUUACCGGCUCUGGUGUAUCCCAUUCGUGGCCAUAUAGAUCUGAAUCUGGAUAUACCAGGAUUGUAUAUCUACUAUAUCUUACGAAAUUAUACAGAACCGGAAAACUUCCUUUUGCCACGCUUGACCUUUGUAAACGCGGCAAUUCCAACCUUGUAUAUGAAUGUUCUAUCUUGUUGUCCAAAGGCCUUUAAACAGAUCUGCUUUCGAAAGGUAAUAUUAAUGGCGAUGAGGGAUUUUGGUGAAAUGUUUGUCAUGGAAGCCGAAAUAAAUGUCAAGAUCGACGUUAGAAGUUCCGAGCAAGCUCAUCUCUUCGGCGCGGCUACCAUGGACGAUUUCGUCUGGGACAAAUACGUCGCGCAGUGUGCUGGAGCACUUUGUGUCGAGCAAGAGCAGCUGGUUCUCAACUCUUUACACAGUGCGGAUUUAUUCCAGAAGCUGAUGAAAACGUUACAAACUCGCGGCGUGGUGGAGAGGUUUUCUAACAAUUUCCGAAGCGAACUAGAAAGCAUGGACAGUGAGGAUAUCGGACUGCAGUGGCUGCGCAAGCUUGACGUGUGGACGACGAGAUUUCUAUUCCAUUAUUUCGCUUCGGUUUGCAAUUUGCGACCGGUAACACAUAUUCCGGUGGUUUAAAACUGAGCUGAUUUCCGAAUUCGGUUUUUAUAUAAGUUUGUGUACUUAUAUGGAAUUUGUUGUUAUUUUUAUGGGGAUGAUUUGAUUUUGAUGCACUAUUAAUAGCGACGCCUGUUUGAAUAAGUGAUCACCGAACUGGGAAACAAUUCGCUGAACACUGGAGAAAUGCGGGAGGUUGUGUACUGUAAAGAGGCAGCGCCGUAGCCCGUAGGUACCGGAAGCGAAUUUGUUAGACGAAAUUUCCCGCCUUAACUUGUCCAGAUGCUGCUGUUUAAUUCGACAUUAGGAAGAUGGAGAUGGAUGAGUUAUUAGAGUUGGAAACCUUGUUGGAUGAUGAGUGCGACGUCGAUUAUCUGCCCGUUGAGCUCUUGCAGAUGAUAUUAUCGGCACUCGAUACGCGAAGGCAACAAUGGAUUCGCAGAGUAUGCGCGAAAUGGAACGAAUUAAUUUGCGAUCCCUAUGGUGCAUGUCACGUGCAGGUCCGCUUUGAAAUCAACUCAACGGGAUGGAUUGGACGGCGGACACCUCGUGGAUCGGAAACCUGGACAUUCGACGCUUACGCUAACGCGAUAACUCAACUUUACGCGCGCUGUGUCGGAGUCGGCACCCGGGACAUUACCUUCCAUCCUGCGACUCGCGCUUCGUCAAUCUGGUCAUUUUCGGGAUAUUGCGUGCUUAUUGAGGCUCUCCGGGGAUGUUUUAAGCAACUUUCGGUAGAUGAUUUCGUAUUGUCACGUUUGAAUUUCGUCGGUCUAACACUCCCCUCCGUUGUCAUGGCCUGGUUAUACGACUGCUCGGGGAUAGUCAGAGAAGUCUGUUUGCGGAAUGUCACACUGGUGGCGUCCCUGGAACUCAGCCGCAUGUUUGUCAUGGAAGCCAGUAUCAAUACCACAAUUUACUGUGGAGAUUUCCGGAACAUCGAUAUAUUCCGGUCAUCAAGGGAUGAUUUCGCUUGGGCGAAAUAUGUGGCGGAAUGCGCCGGGGCACUGGCUCCCGAGCAGGAACAGUUGGUGCUAAACUGCCUCCGCAGUGAAGAUACGUCUCGCAAACUGAGCGAAGAGCUGCAGGAUAGCGACGUUGCCGAGACCUUCCAUAACCAUUUUUGGGGCGAAUUCGAGAGCUUGGAGCUGGAGGAUAUCAGCCUCGAAUGGCUGCAUAAGUUUGAUGUGUGGACGUUGCGAUUUCUCUUCCACUAUUUCGUCUCAGUCUGUGAUAUGCGACCGGUGACAGGCGUCCGGGUGUGGUCUCUUACGUAAUAUGAUGCAACGCACGGCUGUGUUUUUUUCACAAUUGUGUGAUCGCUGUACGGUGUCUCGAAAGAAAUAUUUUGCUCAUUUUCGUAUCUGUGAUAAUUAAUUAUCACUGUUACAAUGUCUUUUUUUGCGUUCGGAAUGUCAGAAGCAAAGAUGGUCGGUGACUGACUCAAUGCUUAAGUUCAUGAAAUGGAUCUGACACUUGUAUUGGGAACUUCAGACAUUAAUAUUGAUUCUGUAAAUUAUAAUUGGU